CGGAAGUGCACGUGCGAACAGCGUUUUAGCAUUUAGGCAAUGGCGCUAGCGAGUCUGCUCGCUGUGUUUAUGAUGCUUUAUCCGACAGAUUAUCAAAUCAUGUCAAUCGUGCCCAACAUAAUUAUAAUUACUUAUCAUAAGUAAUACAACGGUAUUUGUGUCGUAGAUUCAGUCGCGUGUCCAUGGGUCGUGCUAAAUGCUAAUGUUAGCCCUUAGCCGCACGGGCUUGUUGUUAACAUCGUCCUUCUCGUUGCUUCCUCUAAAAGUUUCAGUUUUCAAGGAUUAAACAAAAAUGGAAACGAAAAGGCGAGACAACAAGAAGCCGCUCCGCGUGAAAGUAAUAAGCCUUGGCAACGCCGAAGUCGGGAAGAGUUGCAUCAUUAAACGUUAUUGUGAGAAGAGGUUUGUUCCCAAAUAUUUGGCUACUAUUGGAAUUGACUACGGAGUCACCAAGGUGCAGGUUCGCGACAGAGAAAUCAAAGUCAAUAUCUUCGACAUGGCUGGCCAUCCAUUCUUCUACGAAGUGCGGAAUGAAUUCUACAAGGACAGUCAAGGCGUGCUUCUGGUGUAUGAUGUUGGUCUUCGGGACAGUUUUGAUGCCCUGGAUAGCUGGCUGGGCGAAAUGAAACAGGAAAUGGGCUCUCAGGCCAACAUGGACAGCAUCGUGUUUGUGGUCUGCGCCAACAAGGUGGACCUGUUGAAACGGCGCGUAGUGGAUGAGGGGGAGGGGCGUUUGUGGGCGGAGUCUCGAGGCUUUCAUUACUUUGAGACGUCAGCGCAAAGUGGAGAAGGUAUUAACGAGAUGUUCCAGGCCUUCUUCUCUUCCAUUACCGACAUGUGUGAAAAUGGCGGUAAGCGCCCUGUGUCAGAGGUCAGCGUAGGCUUCACCAAAGAGCAAGCAGACACUAUCAGACGAAUCAGAAACAGCAAGGACUCUUGGGAUAUGCUGGGGGUCAAACCCGGCGCCACACGGGAGGAGGUCAACAAGGCCUACAGGAAGCUGGCGGUACUGUUGCACCCAGACAAAUGUGUGGCCCCCGGGAGUGAAGAUGCAUUCAAGGCAGUGGUGAACGCGCGCACCUCACUGCUGAAGAACAUCAAAUAGCGCCAACACACAUAAAACAUCCAGUCUCACAAUUUUUUUUUUUUUUAUAAGCACUUUGUGUUCCACCUCUUGGGUGCCACGAUAUGCUCUGCCAAACCCAUUUUAUGACGUCUCUGAAAACACAUGCAUGUACAGAAUGUGGUGUGUCCAAAAACUCAUAUUUAACAUGAAAUCAUCUGACUAUGUUAAGUAGGGUUUCGAAUGAUGUGUCAACAAAAGCAAACCCAAGUUCAGUGUUAAGCUUGAUCUAGACAAAAUGUCAGUAAGGUAACAGACAUGAAAAGGUCAUUUAUAUUAAAUUAUUAUAAUUUAUUAUGUUAUUAUAUUUGGAUUGUUACAUGGAUUUAUCUCUACCUCCGAAAUGUGUGCGAAUUCCAAUUAAACGCAAAUGCAUCAGUUAGCUUUGCUAAUCAUGCAUGUUUGUAUUGAAAUGAGACUAAUAAGCAUUUAUUUUCAUUCAUCUUCCGAACCGCUUAUCCUCACGAGGGUCGCAGGCGUGCUAGAGCCUAUCCCAGCUGACUUUGAGCCAGUCGCCAGUCAAUUGCAAGGGCACAGCAUAGAUAAACAAAAUGAACAAUUUCACACCUACCAUGCACGUUUUUGGAAUGUGGGAAUCAGACAAAUUACCCGCAGGAAACCCACACAGGCACGGGGGGAACAUGCAAACUCCAUACAGGAAGGCCAGAGCCAAAUCUAAAAUGCCUGUGGCAUGUCUUGUUGAAAUAACCCAAAAUAGUGCUUAUAAAGACACAAAGAUAAUUUGAAUUUAUGGAGGCAGCACUUUACACACUAAAAUUCAUUUAAUUUAUUUAGUCAUUAGGGCCUCUCAGCAUGAUUUCAAAUGUCAAACUCCGAAAAUAACAAUUGUGAAAGAUCCAUUUGUGUAGCUGAUCCGUGCAUGUGGUGCAUGCAGCAGACACAUUAGCAAACACAAAUGACCUCAACUCAAAUGAAGUUGCUGGUUAAUGCUAAUUCUGUUAAUCCAGCAAAUGUCAAUGCAACAUAGUCAAACCAUGAGCAGGAAAGUGGUGGAUUAAAGGUGGACAAAUAUGAUGUGAGCGUUGUUCAUCAGUGUAAACGAUCCAGCAAAAUUCUGAGCAGCUUGCUCACGGACACGUUUUAAGAAUUACAGAUUUCCCAAUUUGUCUGCUUUUCUCCUCCCAGUGAUGUCUGUGCUUGUCUGUCUAUGCAUUAGUCAGCGUUGAAACUUAAGAUGGGAGCAGCAAAAUUUAGGCCUUGUUUCCUAUCUUUACAAAUCUACAAUUUCAUUUGUGAUUAUUUAAAACAACAAAAGAGAGAGAGAGACUCUGCGCUCAAGCAAGUUUUUUGAUAGAAAACACAGGAAAGCUACUCAGUAUUGAUAAAAUAAUGUAAAUGAUAAAUUAUUAGGAUAGCCUGGUUAAAACAAAACAACGAAAUGAUCUAUGUACAAAUUGUUCAAACGUAUUUGUGUCGCUGUAUUAUCUGUGAGCAAUGCAUGGCCGUGAAAUUAUGUCAGCGUCAUGUGGCUAUGAUGUAAAGAAAUAUUUUUUAGAGCACAUUUUAAUGGAGAAGAAUAAAAGCCUUGAGAGUCA